GCUUGUUCCAUAUCGGCUCGAGCCCCGUUGCUGGCCGCGUCCGGUGCGGCGUGGGGGAGGCGAGGGGGCGCCGGUCCCGGUCGGUGAGUGCCUGCCCGGGGGCGCGGAGCCCCCCGCCGGCCCGGCCCGCUCCGCUCGCAGCCCGGGCUGUGCGCGGGCCCCGGUCCGGGGAGGGGGCGGGCCGGUACCGGAGCGCACGUUCCCCCGCCAAUCCCGGUGCGCCUCCGCCCUGGCCGCGAUUGGCGGGGAGCGGGCGGCGCGCCGGAAGUGCGUGCACGGCGGCAAACGGGAACGGAGCGGGGCUGGAGCCCGGGCCGCGGGAUGAGCAAAGCGCGCGAGGCCGCGGCGGGCGGAGGCGCCACCGCCGUCCUGCUGCGGUACCUGCAGGAGCAGAACCGGCCGUACAGCGCCCAGGAUGCGUUCGGGAACCUGCAGCGGGAUCACGGGCUGGGCAAGGCGGCCGUGGUGAAGGCGCUGGAGCAGCUGGCGCAGCAGGGCCGCGUACGCGAGAAGACCUACGGGAAGCAGAAGAUCUACUUCGCUGACCAGGAGCAGCUCCCGGCCGCCAGCGAUGCGGAGCUGCGCGGGCUGGACGGGGAGAUCGCGGCGCGCUCCGCUCAGCUGCAGGCGCUGCAGCAGAGCUGCCGGCAGAUGGAGGCGGAGCUGAAGGACUUGAGCAGCUCCAUGACAACCCCUGAGAUCGCCAAGGAGAUCGAGGCACUGAAGAAAGACUGUGCCAGUUGCACGGAGAAACUGGAGAGGAUUAAGUCUGCUACCAACCACGUGACUCCAGAGGAAAAAGAGAAGGUGUGCCGGGAGCAGCAGCUGUACCGCCGGGAGUGGCGCCGGAGGAAGCGCAUGGCCACCGAGCUGCUGGAUGCCAUCCUAGAGGGCUAUCCCAAGAGCAAGAAGCAAUUCUUUGAGGAGGUUGGGAUAGAGACAGAUGAGGACCACGGUGUCGUGCUGCCAGCGACCGUGUGAGGUGCUGGGAGAGCCUUUGUUCUGGGGAGAAGCUGCUGUGGAGCUGCCUCUGAAACUCAGCUGUUGGGUUGUUCUUUUUCUCUUUGCAAGACUAGGGCUUGUCCUGUGUAUUUAUUUGGUUUUGUUUUAAAAUGUUUUGCAGUUGGAAGGGUGGUGGGUGUGAGUAACUUGGCACUGGCCCUCUCCUUGCAGUGGAAAGUUGUUUUUUCCUGCCCCCAGUGCACGGAGCUGCCUGGCUGCGGUCUGAUGUGGCUGAGGGGGCAGUGGUGCUGUGUGCCUGGUGUUCUGGUAAGGAAAGGGAGCAAAGGACUGUCUGGGCUGCAGAGCUCUGUAUGUGUUCUAGCUCCUCCUGCUGUGUGCCUGAGUGGUCACAUGAGAAUAUGAUCCAUUAAACACCAGGAUUUUGGUUCAGCUGCA